AUGGCCUCAUCGCAGGGCUCGUUGGACGCAGAUAUGGCGGAUCCCAUUUACACUUCAACCUCGGAUUACGAAGAGGAGAAUGAGCUUUCCCAGUUCACCUCGCUCACGUCCACAAGACAGUUCUUCAAGUUUGAGCAAGGAAGGCGAUACCAGGCGCUUCUGCAUGAUCGCUAUGGACUACCAAAUGACGACAUAGAACAUAUGCGCGAAGGCAUCAAGCACCAGUUUCACAUCGACUAUAUCCUGAACGGCAACCUCCAUACGUCGCCCCUCGGGAACCCCCCUCAGAAAAUUGUCGACCUGGGCACAGGCGCCGGUUUCUGGGCUCUGGAUGAUAAAUUCGGAUGGAAGCUCGACACGAGCCGCAACAUUCCCCAGUUACUUAAGGAUGCAGGGUUCGUCAAUAUCCAACUUCGCCAAAGGGAAGUACCCUUUGGGCGCUGGCCAAACGAUAAGCGAUUACGCGAGAUGGGCAUGUUCAACCAAGUCAUUGCCCAGGACAUGGCCGUCACACUCCUCAACCGUCAUGCCAUGCUGAGCAUAUCUGAAGAGGAAGCCACCGCCUUGGGCCAAGAUUUGUCAGAUGCGGCCAAUGACCCAGCUAUACAUGCCUUCCUUGGGGGCGUCAGUGUAUGGGCGCAGAAGCCUGGCUGA